CUUCUAACAUGCAGAAAAAAAGCUGAAGUUGUUGCCCUAUUUCCUCAACCGGUAAUGUCCGAGUGUGAGAUGGAGAGUUCAUCAGUGUACAUGUGCUUCCCCUGCUACCAAGAGUUCAACACUCUGGAAGAGGUACUCAAGCACCAGUUGACAUGCACAGCUGAGGAUGAACAGUCAGACACAUCAGGAACCACCGCUGUCACUGUUCCAGUGCUACAGACUCAGCAAAAGGUAAUAAAUAUAUCAAGGACAGUUGCAGUCCCACAGAUUCAAGUCCAAGCAGAACAGUCCUCCGUGCAACUUGAAAAGAGUACAUUUAAGCAGGCUACAGUCAGUGCAAAGCUGUCAUCAGACCAGCCCAGAAUCCUCUACCAGUGUGGGGACUGUGAUGAACUCUUCAAGAGCCUGGACCUUUGGCAGCAACACCGUAAAGAAGAGACAUGUCAGCAGUCUGCCUCAGGGAGCAAGUCAAACCCUGAUUCGCAACCUGAGGCAGACACGUCCUCAGCUCAGAGUCCCACUUCAACUUUGAAUCCAGAUGAUUCUUCUCUCUCAAAGAGUGAAACUAGCAAAAAUCUAAAGCCAGAACCAGUGGAGACACCUGUAGAAGAGGAAGAGUGGCAGCAGGUUACAGAGACCUCUACAGCUCAGAGCUCUGAUCCUCCUGUUUCUGAGGCGGCCUCUACGACCUCUAAUCCAGAGGAUUCGUCUCCCAAGAAGCGGGGGGCAAACAAAAAGCCUAAGCCUGAACCAGUUCUCCUGUGUGUGGACUGUGGCUCAUGCUUCGGCCUGGUGUCUGAACUAGUGGCCCACCGCAAGACCCAGCAUGGCUUUGAGGAAGCUCUGCACCGCUGCUCUGUGUGCGGGGAAAGCUUUCUAAACACUACACUUUUUCUUUACCACCGCAAGCAACACAGACAGCAAGGUGAGGAAAAGGUGGUAGUCGUUUGUGAAGCAACACAAUCAGAGGAAGUUUGUUCUCAGAGCAAUGGGACUGAUGAGCAGGGCCAGGAGCCCACUCCCUCCACUACCAGUGUCACACCUACCUUCACACAGCCUGAGCUGUUUAUGUGCACCCAGUGUGGGCAGAGCUUCAGCGAUGAGGGAGGCCUGGCUGCCCAUCGUAAGCAGAAACACGACCUGAAGGAGGCACUACACAGUUGCUCCCAUUGUGGGGUUAGCUUCAUGAACACCACCCAGUACCUGUACCAUCGGCGGGAGCACCGUUUCACAUCAGGGAUGGAGGUGGCGGAUGGAGCUGAAAGUGGCGAUGAAACAGCCACCACUGAAAUUCAAGGUGCCCCACAGAGCUCAAAGCGACUGCUUUCCCCGCCUGCCUCUGCCAGUGAUUCAGGUUCACCCCUUCCUAAGAGAGGUAGGCCCUCUUUCAGGAUCCUGAGCAGUGGUAAUGUUGUCAAAGGAAACAAGGGUUCAGGCAGCAAAGAGGAAACAGAGGGCAGCACUGCAGCAGACUCAGACAACACCAACCAUCCUCCACCUGUUAAACUGCUGCAGGACUGGGCCCGCACACCAUUACCCCAUGUUUGCCCUUACUGUGGCAAAACCUUCACCCGACGCGUAUUCCUCCGCACCCAUGUGUACAGCCACACUGGAGAAAAGCUCUUCACGUGCAAGGUGUGCCCAAAGUCCUUCACUAACUCCCAGAGCCUGCUGCGCCACAGCAUGAACCACACGGGCAGCAAGCCCUUCAACUGCGAUGUUUGUGGCAAAAACUUCUCCCAGAGCUCCACCCUGAAGAGACACAAACGCAUUCACACAUUGCUAAAGCCUCAGCGCAAGCGUGGACGAAAACCGGUGUGUGGUUUGGACAGUGAAGGAGCUCCUCUGGCGUGUCCUCACUGCCCGUCACGGUUCAACACGGAAGAUCAGCUUAACCAUCACAAAUUGCUCCACACCAGCCACCCAUUCCCUUGCGCAGAUUGUGGACAGGCUUUCACACGCAGGAAAGACCUCGACAUGCACUCGCUCACUCAUCAAGACAGGCAGCCGGCGUCGUGUCCUCACUGUUCAUCCCAGUUUGUGAACCAGUCAGUGCUGGAAAUCCACCUGCAGCGUUGUCCUACCACAGACGAGGAGAAGAAUACUGGCCGUGGACGGGGUCAGGGCCGAGGACGCUGCACUGGACAGAUUGAGUGUGACCUAUGUGGCCACCGUUGCAUGACCCAGGAGGGCCUCGACCUCCAUCGGUUGUCCCACACGGGCCAGACGCCUCUCAAAUGCCCAGUGAGGCCUUGCCGCCGCCGAUUUACCUCCAACAGUGCCCUGGAGGAGCAUGUGCUGGCGCAUUUCCAGGGAACACUCAGCAAGUCCAAAACCCGACCCCGCUUCACCUGUGAGAUUUGCAACAAGGAUUUUGCCUACAAUUCCACCUUCACUGUUCACAUGAGGACACAUACUGAUGAAAGGCCCUUUGAGUGCACCACAUGUGGCAAGCGUUUCCGCCAGCUACCCCAUCUGCAGGACCAUGAACGCAUCCACAGUGGCCUGCGGCCUUUCUGCUGCUGGAUAUGUGGCAAGAGUUUCAGCGUGGCUGCCCGUCUCACCGAGCACGCCCGUACCCACAGCGGCGAGAAGCCCUACCCCUGUCCCCAAUGCCCCGCUGCCUUCCGUUCUCGCUCGAACCUGGAUAAACACAUGCGGCUACAUGGAGACAUGCCUUUGGAAACCGCUGAGCAGGUGGCACAAGCAGCCGAGGCCGCCCAGGUUCAGAAGGUCCUGGAGGGGGCCAAGGUGCUCUCUUCUCUGGCCACCACAGGGGAGGUCGAGUCUGGCUCAGUACAGACCAUAUAUGUACUGCAGGGGGCUGAGGGAGGUACCGAGACGGUCAUGAUCCCGUCUGAUCAGCUCAGUGGCAUGGACGGAACCUCACAGGUCGUCAUCCUGCCGUCCGCCGUUCUAGGAACUCAGACCAUUACUGUUCCCACUAUUUCCAUGGAUGGGAAUGAAAUCACCAUGGUAGAGACGAGCCAGUCACCGCAGCAUACCAUCGAGUUCAUUGUGGAGGAGACUGUAUGAAGGCAGAUUAGAAACUUUCGUGAACAGGACAACAUGGUAGAGAAAGUCUGAAAAAUUAGUUGAGAAUAUAGAAUGUUGAUUGAGUGAAAAUUUGAUAAUUGAUUGAUAUGCAGUUAAUACUUUAUGUUUAUAGUUUGAUAGCUUUCUAAGCCAGUUUAAACAAAAGUCCCAUCCUGUGAAUAAAUACUAUUUUACAACUUCUCUUGAGCAGAAAAUGAUUUUAAUAUCAUUUUUGAAAGUGUGUAAAACAAAUGAAUCAAAGGUUGAUACACAGAUGAAAUGCUCAGGAGGGUAGAAUGUACCUUAAAUUAGUCUUUCAAACUGAUUAAAAAACUGGUUGUAAAACUGGCCUUCCGUUCUAUAUAGACAUGCAUUUACAGCCACUAUUUAUUAGGGGAAGACUGGUGGUGGCCCAUGAAAUGUCUUCUGCUUUCUUUAUAAUA